AUGCAUAUAUAGAUGCCCACCAGUUUGGCAUCCACCAUCCAUCCACUUUUCAUCAAUGACGCCGAUGCAGAUGUCUCACUUCUGGAACAACAGCUCGUAAAAAGAAAUUAACGGGGAAAAGAAAAGAAAAGCUGAACAAACGAAAAAAGCAAUAGCAGAGAGAAAACCCCCACCCCUCUAGCACGCCACCAACAGAUCAGCACUCAGCAAAUCACCAAACUAGGCCCGAAAAGAAGCAACAACACAGCACAAAAAAGCAGCAAUGCCUCCCACGCCGCCCCCACCACCCCUCGACGUCCCCUCAUUCGCCCGCACCCAGCUCUCCCUCCUGGAGGCCGAGCUCGCCGCCGAGGUGGCCGAGACGUCGGCGCUGGCGGCGAGCCACAGCCCCGCGGCGCUGCAGCGCGCCGGUGUCGCGCUGGCCAACCUCAACGUCGGCGGGCGGCGGACCGGGCUGGGCGGGCGCACCGUCGUCGAGCUCGUGCCGGACCCGGCUGUGUAUUCGUCUGGUGCGGGGGACGCCGGCGGGACGCCGGUGCUGCCCGAGCAUGGCAUCCGGGCGGGGGAUGUGGUCGUCGUGGCGGCGCAGGCGGCGGGUGGCGGGAAGGGGGUUGUUGGGGGGGACCCAGCGGCGAAGGGCGCGAAGGGGGUGGUGGCUAGGGUGACGAGGGGGGCGGUCGGGGUGGCGCUGGAUGAGGAGGGGGAGGAUGCUGUUGGGUCGAUGAGUGGGAGGGUUUGGGUUGUCAAGUUGGCGGAUGAUGUGACUUAUAAAAGAAUGAGGAUUGCUAUGGAAAAGCUGGAGAAGAUGACCGAGUCUGAGCACUCGAUCUUCGUCAGGGUCCUGUUUGGCCUAUCUACACCUUCGACUGUCCCGGAAGAUCUCACAUCUGACCCGGAGUUCGGUAAGAUAGACUGGGUCGACCCGACUCUCAACGACUCGCAGAAGGAUGCCAUUCGUUUCGCCCUGGCAUCCAAAGAGAUCGCGCUCAUUCACGGGCCUCCUGGAACUGGCAAAACCCAUACUUUGAUCGAGCUGAUCCUACAGAUGCUGAAGAGGGGCCUCCGGAUACUCGUCUGUGGCCCCUCAAACAUCUCAGUCGACAACAUCGUCGAGCGCCUGUCGCCGCACAAGGUCCCCAUCCUCCGAAUCGGCCACCCGGCCAGGCUGCUCCCCUCAGUGCUGAACCACUCCCUGGACGUCCUGACGCAGACGUCCGAGGCCGGGGCGAUCGUCAAGGAUGUGCGGGCCGAGAUGGACGCGAAGCAGGCCUCCAUCCGCAAGACGCGGACCGGCAGGGAGAGGAAGGCCAUCUACACCGACCUGAGGGAGCUGCGGAAGGAGUAUCGGCAGCGGGAACGGAAGUGCGUGAGCGACCUGGUGGCGGGGAGCAAGGUCGUCCUCGCGACCCUGCACGGGGCGGGGGGGUUCCAGAUCCGCGCCGAGUCGUUCGAUGUGGUGAUCAUCGACGAGGCGAGCCAGGCCUUGGAGGCGCAGUGCUGGGUCCCGCUGCUCUCGGCAAAGAAGGCCGUCUGCGCGGGAGACCACCUCCAGCUGCCGCCGACUAUCAAGUCUCUGAAUUCCAAGACGAAGCCGAAGGCAAAACCCGGGGGAGACGCCGCGAAGGGGGCGACGCUGGAAACGACCCUGUUCGACCGCCUCUUGGCAUUGCACGGCUCUACAAUUAAGAGGAUGCUAACGACACAGUACCGAAUGCAUGAGAAGAUCAUGCGUUUCCCCUCGGACGAGUUGUAUGAGGGGAAGCUCAUAGCAGCUGAAGCCGUCAGGUUACGUCUGCUCAAAGAUCUCCCCUACGAAGUCGAGGAUAACGACGAGACGAGCGAGCCGCUCAUUUUUAUCGACACCCAGGGGGGCGACUUCCCCGAGAAGAGCGAGGAGGAGGACUCGGCCAAGAAGCUGACCAAGAGCCGUCUCCACGGCGAGAGCAAGAGCAACGAAAUGGAGGCGGCUCUGGUGAGACAGCACGUCAAGACCCUGGUCGAGUCCGGGGUUGAGCCCGAAGACAUCGCUGUGGUGACGCCGUACAAUGCACAGCUGGCCAUCCUUGCGCCGUUGAAGGAGGCGUAUCCCGGCAUCGAGCUGGGGAGUGUCGACGGGUUCCAGGGGCGCGAGAAAGAAGCCGUCAUCGUCAGCCUCGUGCGAAGCAAUUCCGAGGGAGAGGUGGGCUUCCUGGGAGAGAAGCGGCGCCUUAAUGUUGCAAUGACCAGGCCAAAACGGUCACUGACGGUCAUUGGCGAUUCGGAGACAGUCACGAGGUGA